AUGAUAUCAAGUUUCUUCCAGCUCGGGAAAGAGGUUCUUAAAGAGUAUAUCAAAAAUCGCUUUGCAUCAGAGGUGACCGUGAAAGCGGAUACGCCAGAAUUCACUAAAUGGGAAGCAGGCCCCUACGUUUUCACCGUGACAGAGAUCUCUACACAAAACACUUUGGUCAACGUGGUAAGGGGCAGCCAGGCUGAGUCUAUAUCAAUUGAGUGGGACAAAUUGGAGUUUAAGUUGCCAAUCAAGGAGGUCAGCGAGGAUCAAAAGGAAGCACUCUACGCUUAUCUUGAUUCAAGACUAGAACCACCAAAGCUCAGCAGGGAAGAGGAACGAAAAGAUAAGGAGAAAUUUGCAAGUGUGCUUCCGGGAGGCUCCAAAAAUGCUGACAUUGAAACAUCACAACCUUCUAUAAUCAAAGAACAACGGAGACCAGCAGAUAUGCCUGAUUUCGAGGACGAGUACGAGGUGCUCGCACGAUCAAACCCGCGAGCUGACUUUCUGUCGAGUCAGUUCCCAUCAAUUGGUGAUCGUGACUUGAACCCUCCAGGCCUUCCUCGUGACCCCCUAAUGAAGCCUUACAUUGACCCACUAGCUGCUCCAGAGGGAGGCAUGCAUCCUACUAAAGACCAUCCUCUUUUUGGAAGGCAGCAACAGGGAAACACUUCACGGUUAGGAGUUCCUCCUGGUGCAAGGUUUGAUGAUCCAUAUGGUGAGGACAAUUUGGAAGAUAUGGGCAUGGGCCUUCCGGGUAAUCUACGUAAAGGGGGCCCAAGUGGGCCAGGUGGCCCUAGCGGUCCAGGCGGUCCAGGAUUCGGACCAGGUGGUUCAAGUGGUUUUGGAGGUUCAGGUUUUGGCGGUUCUGGUGGAUUUGGUGGGAAUUUUGGAUUUUAG